AUGUACACUAUAUUCUUCACACAUCUACUGCCACAUUCACUGUAUCCUGCACUGCUCACGUGUUCUGUACGCUGUAUCCUGCACUGCUCACAUGUACACUAUAUUCUUCACACAUCUACUGCCACAUUCACUGUAUCCUGCACUGCUCACGUGUUCUGUACGCUGUAUCCUGCACUGCUCACAUGUACACUAUAUUCUGCACACAUCUACUGCCACACUCGCUGUAUCCUGCACUGCUCACGUGUUCUGUACGCUGUAUCCUGCACUGCUCACAUGUACACUAUAUUCUGCACACAUCUACUGCCACACUCGCUGUAUCCUGCACUGCUCACGUGUUCUGUACACUGUAUCCUUCACACAUCUACUGUCACACUCGCUGUAUCCUGCACUGUAUGCUGUAUCCUUCACACAUCUACUACCACUUUCACUGUAUCCUGCACUGCUCCCACGUACUGUAUCCUGCACUGCUCACACGUACUGUACACUGUAUCCUGCACUGCUCACAUGUUCUGUACCUCUGUAUCCUGCACACAUCUUCUGCCACACUCACUGUAUCCUGCACUGCUCACAUGUUCUGUAUCACUGUAUCCUGCACAGAUCUACCGCCACACUCACUGUAUCCUGCACUGCUCACAUGUACACUGUAUUCUGCACACAUCUACUGCCACACUCACUGUAUCCUGCACUGCUCAUUUGUCCUAUACACUGUAUCCUGCACUGCUCAUUUGUCCUAUACGCUGUAUCCUGCACUGCUCAUUUGUCCUAUACACUGUAUCCUGCACACAUCUACUGCCACACUCACUGUAUUCUGUACUGUACACUGUAUUCUGCCCGGCUCACGUUUUCUGUAUCCUGCACUGCUCACGUGUUCUGUACCACUGUAUCCUGCACACAUCUACUGCCACACUCAAUGUAUCCUGCACUGCUCACGUGUUCUGUACCACUGUAUCCUGCACACAUCUACUGCCACACUCAAUGUAUCCUGCACUGCUCACGUGUCCUAUACGCUGUAUCCUGCGCUGCUCAUGAGUUCUGUAUCCGGCACACUUCUACUGCCCCACUGUAUUCUACUCUGCUCACAUGUUUAUGCUGUAUCAUGCACUGCUCAUGUAUUGUACCACUAUAUCCUGCACUGCUCAUGUGUCCUAUACACUGUAUCCUGCACACUUCUACUGCCCCACUGUAUUCUACUCUGCUCACAUGUUUAUGCUGUAUCAUGCACUGCUCACAUAUCCUUCACAAAUCUAUUGCCACACUGUAUCCUCUACUGUACCGCUGUAUCAUGCACUGCUCACGUGUCCUGUACGCUGUAUCAUGCACUGCUCACAUAUCCUGCACAAAUUUAUUGCCACACUGUAUCCUCUACUGUACCGCUGUAUCAUGCACUGCUCACGUGUCCUGUACGCUGUAUCAUGCACUACUUUGCGCAUCACUGAUAACACAUGCAGACCUGCACAGCUUCCCAUGCUGAUCAUGUGUCUUGAGCUAUACAUGUCAUAUGCUGCACUGAUCACAUACUCAGCACAUACAGCAUCCUGCAGUGAUUACAUUAAACCAAUCACAAAUUCAACCUUGCAUACGUCACAGAUUGCACAUCCUGUGCUGGUCUCGUACCCUCCUCUGGGCGAAGCAUCCUACUCUGAUCAUGUGCCCUCGUCUGCGCACACACAGAUUCCAGUGCUGAUCAUGUGCCCUCUUCCAUCUACAAACAAAGCAUCCUGCAGUGAACACGUGCUUUACACUACCUCCUGCGCCAAUCAGUCGUCUGCGCACACAGUAUCCUCGCAUGCUUUCCGCUGCACACAGUUUCCCAUAGUGAUCACAUUACUGUACACAUCACUCCCUGUCAAAAUAUUAUAGACCCGAAGGUGGAUCCUGUAAGGCUCAGAUCGUCUUACACUCUUUGCAAUUUCCAAUGUACUGUAAUUUUACAAUUGCUUUUAAUAAAAUUCUAUUUAUUUAA